AUGAAGCAGCUAAUGAAUGUAGCCCGUAAAAGGUGGUACUCAUCAGAAAGGACGCAGAGCGCGAACCCACUAAUCCUAAUUUCGAACAACCAAAAUAUACAUUUUAAUUUAUCCGUAGAAAAUUUUCUACUAAAUAAUUACAGCGACUUGUUGAAACACUUAAAUGUGAACACAAUUGAAAAGUUUGACAACCCUGUUCUGUUCUUAUGGAGAAACAACCGAUCCAUUAUAAUCGGAAAAAACCAGAAUAUUUGGAGCGAAUGCAAUUUAGAAAAUAUAAAAGAAAAUAAUGUCCUAGUGGCUCGUCGAUUCACAGGUGGAGGAGCAGUCUACCACGAUCUACAAAAUCUUUGUUUCACCUUUUUAAAUAAUACUCUAAAUACAGAUAACAAUUUCUCUAUCAUUUUAAACACAUUGAAAAGGCACUUUGGCAUUGAUGCGAAAAAGCAGGGAAGAAAUGACAUAACUGUGAAUGAUCGAAAGUGCUCAGGCUCUGCUUUUAAAAAAAUCAAAAAUGUGUUCCUGCACCAUGGGACUAUAAUGGUGAACCUUCAGAAGGACGUUUUAAAAUUAUACUUAACUCCGGACAAGAUUAAAUAUAUAAAACACGGAGUGUCUAGUGUCAAUGCUCGAACCAUCAACUUGAAGGAGAUAAAUUCUAAUAUUACUUGCCAGAAUUUAUGCUGCGCGCUAAUUAAAGAAUUUCACGCGUUUUACAAAAAUGCAGUCCUGACCGAGCAGGGGGAAGAGAGCCACGCUGCGACGCUAAAUGUAGAAGACUACACAGGUGGGGACAAGGGUGUCACUCCACCCGAACAGCCCAUCACGCACCUAAAGGAAGGGGAAGUGGAAAAGAGCCUAGACAAUUUAAUCGAUAACUCGUCCCCUAUUUCAACCCAUUUUAAUAUCCAUUACAUAGACACAAAUGAAAGCAUUACGAAAAAUCCAGAAUUUUUAAAAUAUUUUAAUCUGCUCAAGGAUUGGGAUUGGUGCUAUGGAAAAACUCCCAAGUUUCAAAACCGAUUAUGUAAACAAUUCAGUUUUGGAAAGUUCGAGGUUUUUUUCAACGUAUCUGAAGGGAUGAUUAAAGAUGGAAACAUUUUUUCCGACUGCCUAGACGUCAAUUUAGUGGAACAGUUAAAAUUUAUUUUUAACAGCGAUGUUAAAUAUUCGAAGGACAGCGUUGCUUCUUUUUUACGCGGUGUGCAAGUAGAGAAUAAGGAUACUCUGGCGGAAAUUACCGAAUGGAUUUUACAAGAACUUUGA